AUGGCAGCCAGUGAUGUGGCUGUAGGCAUCAUCUUCCUGGCACAGACUGUGUUUGGAGCUCUGGGCAAUUCCUCUCUUCUCCUCAAUUACCUGGUCCUUUACUUCACUGGGUGCAGGGUAAGGCACACAGACUGGAUUCUUCAGCACUUGAUUGUGGCCAACUUGUUAACCCUCCUGUGUAAAGGAGUUCCCCAGACAGUGGCAGCAUUUAGUUUGGGAUUUUCCCUUGGUGAUUUUGGAUGCAAACUACUAUUCUAUCUUCACAGGGUGGGCAGGGGUGUGUCCAUUGUAACCAUGUGCCUUCUGAGUGUCUCCUGGGCCAUCACCAUCAGCUCCUGGGACUCUAGGUUGGCAGGGCUUAAAGUGAAAGCUCCCAGGUACAUUGGUUUCUCCAUGUUCCUGAGCUGUAUCCUGUACAUGCUUAUAAAUGUCAUCAUUCUUAUGUAUACAAAUGGAAACAAGAGAAACAAAACCAUCAUCAAUCUAAAAGAUUAUGGAUACUGUUCUGGUGUUAGUCAUAAUAUAACCACAGACUCACUGUAUGCAGCAUUGGUAACCUUACCUGAUGCCCUGUGUGUGGGGCUCAUGCUAUGGGCAAGCAGCUCCAUGGUGCUCAUCCUGCACAGGCACAAGCAGAGAAUGCAGCACAUUCACAAGACCAGCUCCCCCAGGUCCUUCCCUGAGUCCAGAGAUACACAAACCAUCCUCCUCCUGGUGACAACCUUUGUCUUUUUUUACACACUUUCCUGUAUCUUUCAAACUUGUUUGACUGUUAUUUAUAAUCCCAACUGGUUCUUGGUGAACACGGCUGCAAUAUUGACUGGGUGUUUCCCAGCUGUGAGCCCCUUCCUGCUCAUGAGCCAAGGCUAUAGUGCAUUCAGGUUCUCCUUGGCUUGGUUUCUUAAUAAAAAAAAAUCCCUGUUACUUUGA